UCCUUGCUCCCCAGAGCACAGCAUUGUCCUAGCUGGACAAUCAGAGCUUUGUUUUGACACCUCAGCAGUUGUCAGCUGUCGGGUGUUUUUGUUCAGAGGGUUCAGAGCCACCUCCCGGGGGCUGUGACGCCCCAACAAACGGCCCUUGUUACCACAUGACUGGCCUGAGCCUGGUUUUGGGAAGGGUUUCUGUGCUGCUGAAUGGCGACUUGUGUGCUGCAUCCUGCAGCGUCAGAGGGGGAGAGUCAGGAACCUGUGUUGGUGCUGGGAUAAGUCAGCUGGACCUCCUCCAAAGUGCCGUUUGUGGACAAGAAUUGUUUUUGUUUUGGUGUCACAUCUGUGUUGGGAUAGAACACCAAGGUUAACUCCUGCCCACAGCCAGAGCUGUUGAUGAUUUUGGGUUUUUUUUUAGGUGGAUUGGGUACAAAAUUGCUGUACUGUACCCCAAAUCCUACCCCUAAGGACACCCCACAGGUGCUUGUGCUGCCCUCAGCAGAGCCAGGGCUGCAGCUGAGGGGUGAGCAGGCACCCAAUUUCUCAGCACCAACAUUCCAGAACUGUCAGCUUAGAGGGUGCUGGGGAUUUCACAGCCUCGCUGUGACACUCGUGGCUCUGGCCUGGCUGAGUCUUUGCUCAGUCCUGGCUUUCUCUGUACCCCUGAUCCUGAGCCUUUUGGUUCCCAGGUUUUGCUUUCAGGUUUAACUCCACACCUGGAGCAUCUGGAGCGGCCCAGCUUUCCAAGGAUGGAAAAAGCUGGUGGGGGAACUGGUUUCCUAAGGGGCUUAAAGGAGUCCUGGUCACUGGAUUAAGAAGAAGCCCUCAGUUUAGGGAGCUUUCCUGUUUCCCACCGGGCACUUCGACUGCACCUGAGCUGCACUGAACCCACGGAGGAGCAGUGAGGUACAGCCCAGCCCCACGUGCUGGAAGGUUGGAGCGGCUGCUCUCCCCGAAGGAAUUCCAGAGGAUGUUUUGAAGCUCCUACACAGUCAGAGGAAUUUCUCUUCUGGAAGCCGAAAGGAGCUGAGCCCCUUCCCCUCUACCUGAAUAUCCCUGUGAGCAGCAGCAGCAGCAGCCCUGGCAUAGAGGCAAGUUCUCUGGGCAGCGUUUUCCUCUGAACUGCCCAUUGUAUUUUGGUUGAAACAACUUAAUUUGGGAAGUUCUGCUUUCGCCCUCAUCUCUGUGGUGCUGGGACCCGAGGCUGCUUCAGUUCAGCGCAGGAGCUGCGAGUCCAGAGGAGGCUGUUCUCCGGCCACACCUAUCUUCGGAAAAACAAAACAAAACAAAACAAACAAACCAAUCUGGCAAAGCAUUUGAGCUGCCCCGCCGAAGCCACUUUCAAACCCCGCAGCAAGGCUUUCUUUCCACCCCAAAGCUUAUUUUGCAACCCGCGGUCGGGCCACGCCAUGGCAACGUUUGUCAGCGAGAAGCUCAGCCGGCUCUUCAUUAACGUGAGGCAGGUCCCUCAGCUGCUGGGGCCCCUCUCUCCCUCCACCGUCAGCAGCUCCGAGGUGCCCAAGGUCUUCUGGAAGCCCUACAUCCACACCGGCUACCGGCCCGUCCAGCAGACCUGGCGCUACUACUUCUCCACCCUCUUCCAGCAGCACAACGAGGCCAUCAACGUCUGGACCCACCUGGUGGCAGCGCCGAUCCUGCUGCUGCGCUUCCAGCGGCUCUCGCAGCGCGUGGACUUCGGGCAGGACCUGCACGCCCAGCCCCUCCUCAUCAUCCUCGCGGCCUCCAUCACCUACCUGACGUUCAGCAGCCUCGCCCACCUCCUGCAGGCCAAGUCCGAGUUCUGGCACUACAGCUUCUUCUUCAUGGACUACGUGGGGGUUGCGGUUUACCAGUACGGCAGCGCCCUGGGGCACUACUACUACGCCAUCGAGCCGAGCUGGCACGAGAGGGUGCGGGGGUUUUACAUGCCGGCGGCCGCGCUCCUGGCCUGGCUGUCCUGCGCUGGCUCCUGCUACGCCAAGUACCGCUACCACCAGUCCGCCCGGCUGCUGGGCCGGCUGUGCCAGGAGCUGCCCUCGGGCCUGGCCUACCUGCUGGACAUCAGCCCCGUGGUCCAUCGCAUCUGCACCGCGCCGCCCUCGGCGCGCCCGGACCCGGCCCUGCUCUACCACAAGUGCCAGGUGCUGUUUUUCCUCGUCGGUGCCUUUUUCUUCUCGCAGCCUUACCCCGAGAAGUGGUUCCCAGGCAAGUGCCACUUCUUCGGGCAGAGCCAUCAGAUCUUCCACGUGUGCCUGGUGCUCUGCACGCUGGCGCAGAUCGAGGCCGUGGUGCUGGACUACGAGUCCAGGCGGCACAUUUAUUCGGCUCUCCAGGGCGACCUGGCACACAACUUCUCUGCCCUGUGCCUCUUCACUGUGACCUGCUCUGUCCUCACAGCUGCUUACAUGGCCCGGAAGGUGAAGAACAAGCUGGGCUUCAAGGAAGAGUAAAAGCCCUGAGAAAUAGUUCCAGCUUGCUCUUAAGAAUGGUGCGUGGGUUUAAUUCACCUCUGAAUAAAGGGUUGGGACAAAGUGUUUCGGUGCUGCAGCCCUGUGCCCCGGCAGUGGUGGGCUGGGGAAGGCUCCUGGAAGCUGCCAGGUCUCACAGCACGAGGUAAGGAGCUGCCCUCUGGCCCCCGUUAGAACCUAACCCAUGGAAACAGACCGAGGUGAGACUGUUUAAACCACAAAGAAGGGUGGCAAACUUAACUCAGCGUCAUUUCAGGCCUCUCCUGUGAGCUCAGGGAGCCGUUCAGAGCUGCCCGUGCAGUGGCAGGGCCGUGUCCCUCAGUGGCGAGAGCAGGACGGGCACAGCCUGUCCCUGGAAGUGCAGCGGGAGGAGAGGGUUGGAUGUGAUGGGACUGAGCCCCAGGGCCGGGACGGGAACCUCAAGGGCUGGAUCAGGCCCCGGGAACAGGGGAACACCCCCUGAACAGCACACAGGGGAAAAGCACAGGGGGGAAAAGACACGGUGAGAGGGCUGGGGCUGUGCACCAACAGCCGGGCUGGGGCGGGAGGGGCAGGGAAACGCAGCCCCGCGCUGUGUGUUGUGCUGCUCCGCUCCGGCGUGCGCAGCACCGCAGUUUCCAGGCCCUUCGUGCCGAGGAGCACCGGCCAGCCCCGCUCUGAUACCCGCGGGUCGAUCCCGGCCCGUGAGGGACCCGCUCCCCCGGCCCGGCUCUGCUGCCGUGAGGGGCCAUGGCGGUGCCGCCGCCUUAUAUAGGGGUGGGCGGGACCGGUUGCACUCGUGGCCCCGCCCCUCCGCUCCCAUUGGUCCGUCCGCUGCCGGCGGUGGCGCGCGGGGCCCGUUGGGCGGGAACCGGGACCGGGAACCGGCGGGAAUUGGGAUUUGGGAUUUGGGAUCCAGGGGGAUUUGGGAUCCACCGGGAUUUGGGAACCAGCGGGAUUUGGGAACCGGCGGG